UGUCACUCCGUAUACGAUUCCGUACACGAGAAAAACAUGGCGUCCGACGAGGAGGACAAUGUCGAUGAGGAUUCUCUAUUUCUCGAGGAGCCACCGGAAGACCUACGCUGUCCUAUAUGCCUACACAUCAUGAGGGAUCCCUUCCAGACUUCCUGCGGUCACAGGUUCUGUCUGGAGUGUAUAAAAGCCGUCAAAGCCACCUCAAACCCAGUCUGUCCCAUUGACCGAAUUCCAGUGGACGCUGGGGGCGGGGUCUUUCAAGAUAAUGCCGCUCGAAUGCAAAUACGACGACUCAAGAUAUCGUGUCCUCACAAAUCAAAGGGGUGUCGCUGGACGGGGGAUUUAGCCGAUAAACUAAGUCACCUCAAACUAUGCCCACACUCGAUUAGGGAGUGUCCAUAUUGUGCGACGCCCACUCAAGUUUCGCUGAUGACUAAUCACUUGGAGGUGUGUCCUCACCGACCCGUUACAUGUCAGUAUUGUAAUAGUACAUGUUCGUGUGAUAAAUUGGAUGAGCAUUAUAAGGAAUGUCCACGAAAGCCCGUACCGUGUCCAAACGGUUGCCCUCAAACUUCCAUUCCAAGGAAUGACGUUAAGACUCAUUGUGAGUUGGAUUGUCCUCGUCAACCUGUUGCCUGUCCCCUUGAGCGGUUUAGCUGUAAGGGCGGGGUCCCUCGCGAAGAACUCUCCAAUCAUAUAAAGACGUGCGCUUUGGAACGCAUCUCGAAAUUAUCGCUACUGGUUCUGGAACAGUCAGACGAGAUUAAGGAACUGCGAGAAAAAGUCAAGGAACAAGGCGAAGCUAUAGCCUCCCUCCAAUCAACUAGCUAUCCCUCAAGCCCUCAGUUCACAUGGAGAAUUGAAGGUAUUAGAGACAAGAUAAUAUCAUCAUCAUCAUCGCCAAAUAGCUCUCAUAUCUUACCUACAUACAGCCCUCCAUUCUUCACUGGUGAGGGCGGCUAUAAACUUAGUCUUUGCAUAUAUCCAGCCGGUGACAAUAAUCAAGGCUUCCUUUCCCUUUACCUCGUUGUAAUGAGAGGCCCUUUUGACGACAUUCUCCCUUGGCCCUUUCAAAUGAGAGUCUGUCUAUUUCUAGUUAAUACCAGAGGAGGUCACAACAUUAUGAAAGACAUAAGACCGGACCCUAGACUCCAUUAUUUUAAGAAACCUACCGAGCCUCGUAAUGUCGGUUUUGGCUACCCUAAAUUUAUUCCUACCUCGUCCUUGCUUGGGAGUGAUAGUGAUUUUGUUUCCAAUGGAGCUAUGUUCAUUAGAGUAAUCACUGCAACUCAAUGAUACCACAUCUCCCCCUCCAUUAGUAGUGUAUUAGUAGUAAUUUUGUAUGAUGCUUGCUUUAAAUUUAUUAUUUUUAAAAAUAAUCAAUCUAUUAUUAUCAUUAUUAUUAUGUAGCCUAGUGGAAUCAUGUCUCUCAAAUACAUGCACUUUAUCAUUAAGUUGUUGUUAAUUUUUGUGACAAUUGUUAUCAUUUGGUUCUUUCCAGCUUAAGAUU